UGCCCAGUAGAGAGGGAGGCCCGGGAAGAGCGCAGGAGGAGGAAACGGUACCGGCAGGAGGCCUGGCUCGCGCGAGCCUGAGGCUCCAGGGGGCGGGGCAGGAGGCGGGGCUUUCCCGGCCACCAACAGGGGGCGGGGCCUCGGAUCCGAAGGGUGGGCUUUGGAGGGCCGUGAGGAGCUGCUUCCUGGUCGCCUGGACUCCUCGGCUUCCGCCUUAGCUCAAACCCUGGCCGGGCCGGCCCCGGGGUCAACAUGGAGUCCACGCUGGGCGCGGGCAUCGCCAUGGCCGAGGCGCUGCAGAACCAGCUGCCCUGGUUGGAGAACGUGUGGCUCUGGGUCACCUUUCUGGGCGACCCCAAGAGCCUCUUUCUGUUCUACUUCCCCGUGGCUUACUACGCCUCUCGCCGGGUGGGCAUCGCAGUGCUCUGGAUCAGCCUCAUCACCGAGUGGCUCAACCUCGUCUUCAAGUGGUUUCUGUUUGGAGAUAGGCCCUUUUGGUGGGUCCAUGAGUCUGGGUACUACAGCCAGGCUCCAGCCCAGGUUCACCAGUUCCCCUCUUCUUGUGAAACUGGUCCAGGCAGCCCUUCCGGACACUGUAUGAUCACAGGAGCAGCCCUUUGGCCCAUAAUGACGGCCAUCUCUUCCCAAGUGGCCACUCGGACCCACAGCCGCUGGGUGAGGGUGAUACCUAGCUUGGCUUAUUGCACCUUCCUGCUGGCGGUCGGCUUGUCCCGGGUCUUCCUCUUAGCACAUUUCCCUCACCAGGUGUUGGCUGGCCUAAUAACUGGUGCUGUCCUGGGCUGGCUGAUGACCCCCCGGGUGCCCACGGAGCGGGAGCUAAGCUUCUACGGGUUGACCUCACUGGCCCUCUUGCUGGGUGCCAGCCUCAUCUAUUGGACGCUCUUUACACUGGGCCUGGAUCUUUCUUGGUCCAUCAACCUAGCCUCUAAGUGGUGUGAACGGCCUGAGUGGGUGCACUUGGACAGCCGGCCCUUUGCCUCUCUGAGCCGCGACUCAGGGGCCGCCCUGGGUCUGGGCAUCGCCCUUCACUCCCCCUGCUAUGCCCAGGUGCGGCGGGCAUACCUGGGACAUGGCCAGAAGCUAGCCUGCCUUGUGUUGGCCAUGGGGCUGCUGGGCCCCCUGGACUGGCUGGGCUACCCCCCUCAGAUCAGCCUUUUCUACAUCUUCAAUUUCCUCAAGUACACCCUCUGGCCAUGCCUGGUCCUGGCCCUCGUGCCCUGGCUGGUGCACACAUUCAGUGCCCAGGAAGCACCACCCAUCCGCUCUUCCUGACUCUAGGUGCCUCCUACUGCCACUUUCCCUCUCACAAAGCCCACACACUCCGUGCCCUCCACACUCCGGGGAGGCAGCCCCAUCCCCUUCCAGCCCCCAACAGGCCCUGCUCAUGGUGAAUUUUCUACUUCUCCCACCGCCUGGUCUCAGCCCCAAAGAAGGGCCUUCUCUCUCCCAGGAAGGCUGGUCCUCCUCCUGCCUUCCCUCCCACGUCCCCAAAGGGCAAAGGCAACAGUGAGAUCAGUGGGUUCCUGUAACACUGUGAGGGGCUCAGAGCAGCCCCAAUAAAGCCCUUCCACACCUCUGGA